AUGCAGAGCCUCGUUGCUAAACUUGGAGUUCAUAGGAUCACAAGCAUUGCCGUUUUCAACACAAGAGAGGAACGAACAUACAACCCUUUCCCAGAUUUGGAGGUUAGGUUCUUUUUGUUGGAAUCCCACAUCGGUGGAGUGAAAGAAAAACAAAUGGGUUUAAACAGAAUUACCACACUCUAA